GCUAAAGGUCAAACUGGGGACAGCACUUUUUUAAAGGCUGAUCGGCUCGAUGAGGCUCAGUCAGAGAUCGACUGAGCUCUUCUUCACUUAGAUUCUGAGUCCUUUCGACUGGAGCAUCAUGAACCUGCAGCUCGGCGGUCUUCUCCUGGUGGCGGCGCUGUUUCUGAGCAGCUCGGCUCUGACGCCUGACGAAUGCAAACCCUUACUGACGCCUCUGUCUCUGGACAACGUCUCCACGAUGUACGGCAGGUGGAACUUCCACAUGGGUUUCAUCGAUAACGAAGCGUUUCGUGCGAUCCUGAAGGUCACCGAGAGCUCCUGGAUGAACAUCACGCUGUCAGACGAUAAAACAUUUGUGACUCAGCAGGAGAAACUAAAUGGAACGUGUCUGGCCACAAAGGUCGAAGUACACAUUAACGGAGACACUGUGACAAUUUCAGUCCCCAACAUCACCUCCCACUUCCACCUGAUCCCGGGCUGUGACGGCUGCAUGGUGAUGAACAUCAAGAACACGGCCAGGAACCUCGGCAGCCUGGUCCAGAAGCUCCACCUCAACGCCAACGUCACAGACGAGGAGCUCCACUUCCCUGCUCUUUAUCUGAUGGCCAGAGAGUCGAGCCUGCAGGACUCGGACCUGGAGCGCUUCAAGCAGCAGGCGAGCUGCCUCGGGUUCUCCGGAGAACCAGACUACCACUACGACCCCAAGAACGAGUUCUGUGCUGAAGGCGAGGGCGUGAUGCAGAAGUUUGUACUUUGAAAACAGCUUUCCUGAACACUGAAACUGAGGAAGUAAAGAGACAAAACGUGAUCAAACAUCAAA